AUGAGUGAUAUUAAAAAUAUAAUAUCUUCUAUUUCUACUAAUAUAAAUGAACCUACUAAAGAAGACGUCAUUUAUUUAGGCGAAUGCAGUAUAACAGGACAUAAAGAUUUUUUUGAGGAUGGAAUAUUUAUUGAUUUAUUGUCUUUUGAGAGUUUUAGCUUGAACUGUUUAAAAUAUAAUUAUAAUAGAAUAAAUAAAUUAAAUGAAAAUAAAAAGCACAGAUUUUAUUUAAAUAUUAAAAAAAUAAAAAAAUUGUUAGAAACAAUAGAAAAAAGUGAAGUAAAAAAUUUGAAUAUUAAUUGCGAAGGUGGUUUUAAUGAGAAAAAAGUGUAUGAAUAUAAAUUUGAAUAUUCAAUUUAUGAUUUGGAGACUAAUACUUAUAUACAAUUAGAAGAGUUGGAUGAUAAUAUAAGAAAAAUAUGUAACAGUAUAAUAAAUCAUAAAAAUGAAGUAAAGAAAGAAAAUUUAAAUAAGUGGGUUAAUGAGAUAAAAGAAAGUAAAUAUGCAAAGAAUCUAGUACAGCUUCCAAAUGUUAAAAUAAAAAAUGAGAACUUACAGUGUGCAGUUUGUAAAGCUAAAAAAAAUAUUUGGUUAAAUUUAUCUGAUGGAUAUAUUGGAUGUGGUCGUAAAAUUUUUAAUUAUGGAGGAGGUUGUUUAAAUAAUGAGGAGGGAGCAUCAUUAAAACAUUAUUAUGAAAGCGGAAAACAAUACCCUUUAGUUGUUAAAAUAGGUACUAUUACUAAAGAAGGGGAAGCAGAUGUUUUUUCUUAUGCAGAUGAUGAAAAUGAUAGUGUAUUAGAUCCUUAUAUAGAUGUACAUUUAAAAAAUUUAGGUAUAAAUAUUGUGAAUUUGCAAAAAACAGAAAUAACUACAUUGGAGAAGGAAAUACAAGAAAAUCAAAAUAUUAAUUUUUCUUCUAUACUUGAUGAAAAUGUACAAACAGUUUGUGAACAAGGGAAGAUAGGCUUUAUAAAUUUGGGUAAUACUUGUUAUAUGAAUUGUGCAUUGCAAGUUUUAUUAUCUAUUAAAGAUAUAAGUUAUAGAUACUUAAAUAAUAUUUACGACUUUUUAUUAAGUUUAGAUUAUAAAAAGAAAACACAUGAAGAUUUAUUUUUACAAUAUGCUAAGUUAUGCUAUAUGGUAUAUCAAAAAGAUUAUAUAAAAAAAAAAAAAAAAUAUAUUAAAAAUUUUAAAGAACAGUGUUUAGAAAGAAAUGUAGAAGUAAAUUACGAUAGUGACAUUGAUGAAGAAAAUUGUGUAAGUGUUGAUCCAUCUAUGUUUCGAAAUUGUAUCAAUCAAAAAAGUAAUUCUUUUUGUAACAAUAGCCAACAAGAUAUUUAUGAAUAUUUGUCAUAUUUAAUCAAUGAGUUAAUAAAUAACGAAAAUAAUAUAUUUGAGAGAAUAUUAAAAAAUAAUAAUAAUAAAAGAAAAUUGAAUGAAACAGAAGAAAAUGAAACUGAAAAUAAAAAAUUAAAUUUCCCUUCAUCUAAUUCUCUAAAUGAAAUUUCUAAAACAAAAAAUGAAGGAUCACUUUUUAAUUAUUUCACUUUUGAAAUAGAACAAACAAUAGUAAGUGAUGAAAGUAAUAAAAGUGUAAGUUCUUUUCAAAGUAUUAUAUUAUCUUUAGAUAUUCCACUAGACAGUUCUAUAUUAAAGGGAAGUGAAGAUGAUUUAAAAAAUGUAAAAGUUUCUUUAAUAGAUUGCUUAAAAAAUUAUAUUAAGAAGGAUAAUAUAGAGGAAUAUUAUUGUCAAAAAGAAAAAAAAAAAAUAUGUGCUCAGAAAUAUAUGAAAUUCAAAACAUUUCCUCCUUAUCUUUUUAUUCAUCUUAAACGUUUUUAUGCAGAUGAAAAUUGGUGUGCAAAAAAAAUUAAUAUUUCUGUUGAAACGGAUGAGCAUUUAAAUUUGGAAUUUAUGAGGGCAGAAGUAAACCUAAACAAUGAAGUAAAUGAGAGUACUAAUACAAAUCAUAAAAAUGAAAGUUCCAAAAAUGAAAGUUCUAUUUUGGAAGAAUAUAACCAUGUUUUAGAGUCCUUAUUAGAUUUAGGUUUUGAAAAUGAUAAAGCAAUUGAAGCCAUUAAAAAAGUUAAGGUAAAAAAUGUUGACAAUUGCAUAUCGUAUAUUUAUGGUGAAGAUUCAGUAGAAUUAGAUCAUGAAUCAAGUUACCAAAAAUCAGAAAUAAACUCUAAUAAUUUAGAUUCUAUUGUUAGUCUAGGAGUAAAAAAAGAAGUAGCAAUGGCGUCUCUUUUAAUAAAUAAAAAUGAUUUACAAAAAUCGAUUGAUUACAUUUUUUCAAAUUUAGAUAUUUUAACAGAAAGUAAAUGCAAUUUAAUUAUAAAUAGUCACAAAUGUAACGAUGGUUUAGCUAAUUAUGAAUUAGUAGCAUCAAUAGUACACAUAGGAGGCAAUGCCAAUUCUGGCCAUUAUAUAUGCUAUAUAAAAGAUGAUUCUAAGUGGUAUGUGUGCAAUGACAAUAAAAUUGGUUUGUGUAAUACAAAUUUAGGUAAAGAUACAGCAUAUAUUCAUUUAUAUAAAAGAGUAUAA